UCAGCUCCACACCUUGGCUGGAGCAACAGGUGUUUCAGCUUGCUCAAUUAAGGGAGAAUCUGCCUCUGAGACAGAGCAGCUCCUCUGGAUCCAGAUCUCACAGUGCAGGUCCAGCUCAGCCUCAGUGACUGACAGACUGUUGAAGCAGCUUUAGUCAUGGUUCCUAAGCUCCUGUUAAGAAGAGUUUUACUGGUUAUCUUACUGACUGAGAUGAACUCCUCUUCAGCUUUUCCAGGAGGAAGAAGUUCCCUGCAUCCAGAACCAUUGCAGGGUGAAAGGGAGAACCAACAACAGGGAUAUGGUUAUGGGAAUCGUCGCCCCCUUCAUUACAUCAGGGCUCUGAGGCAGGCCAACAAAACAUCCAAAAUCAGUGAUCAGAUUCAGGGCGCUCCACAGAAUGAGCCUGAGUUAAGCCCUUUGAUGGUUCGUAGCUUUGCUCAGACACAAAAUCAGCCACAUCUAUCUCAUCAAACCCAGAACCUGUAUCUACCAUGGUCUGAGGCUGGCACCAAAAAGAAGAUGGAAAUGUCUCCUUCCCUGUCUGCACUACAGAAAAAACAUCCAUUAAAAGUUCCCUAUGCCAACUUCCCAUUUCAAAAUAAAGAGGAAGAUUCAAGCACCAAAGGCCUUGGUUUGAGCAGUGGUGUGAAAGACAACCAGAAAUUAUACAGGCCUACAGGUCUUCAGAUCUUCACCAGUUCCUCUGGGUCAGAUGAUUCUUUAGAGACUGGUUCCACACAAAAAACACAUGUAGGAAAAAAACAACAUGAAGUUAUAAAGCCAAGCUUUCAGCUGAGCUUAUCUGUUCCUUUUCAAUCUCCAAAACCCUCCAGUGAUGAAGUUCACCAUCCAGGAAAUCCACAAGCUCCAGGAGCUAAUGGUUUUUUUCAGGACACUGACAUGGAGCAAAAUCCACAAUCAAAUUCAGUCUGGGGUGAAUCAGAAUGGGUUCUCAUAAACGUUGCUGAUUCUGUCCAGCAACCAGCAAAACACCAUGAGACACACACUCAACCUACUGAUAGCAAACUGGUUACCUUUCCACCUGGGCCAGGUAGCCAGCUUGUAUUUGCAAGUGAACAAACUAGCCAGUCCACUCCACCCACCCUGCAUUAUCCUCUACAACCAGACAAUAUGUACAGUGGUUACUACAAUCCCCAAAGGAAACCUACAGGAACUGACUAUGGAAACAGACAGAUUGGGCAAACAUCAUCUCCUGACGCAACUAAUGUCCCUGGUCAAGUACCCAGUGCUAACAACUAUGCCCAACCUCAAACCCUGCAGUCAGUCGAUCCUCUGCUUACUUUCCCUUCUGAGCAGUACAACCAUGGCCAGUUUGAAACAUCCUAUGGUCACGGACAGAAUUUAGAGGCUUCAUCACAUCCAAGUCUAGAAUACCCUGAGCCUCCUAUCGUUGAUCAAUCCCAUUACAAUAUUCCAUUAUCUGGUUAUUAUGAUGGGGAUGCUGCAGCCAAUAAUUAUUAUGGAAAAGACAACGUAGAGCAAAUGGGGCAGAGCGAUUUCUCAUAUCAGCACAGCAGAGAUCACAUUGGACACGAUGUGCUGCCCAAUCAUCCCACUACUUUUGACCCUACUUCAAAUUACCAGAGUCUAUCGACUGGUUAUCAAACCCAAGCAGAACUUCCUGAUGAGUACAAUGGCAGACAGCAGCUUGAUGGAAAACCCAAAUACACAAAACUCUUGAUUCACAUGGACGAUGUGACUGACCAAGAUGGCGGACAGUAUAACAAUUUUGAAGCUCAAACAACUAACUACUAUUCAGAGGAGACCACUGCAGGGACACUGCUGAGCAAUCCAACGUCCUACAUGCCUAUCAACAGCCAAGCUUCUGGCAUGGACAGUGGAGUAGGCCAGUAUGCAUAUCAUCCUACAGAACAAGUAGAAACAGAGCAAGUACAGACUUCUUAUCCUUUACCUGGACACACUAACCAUGCUCCAACCGUGGGAGUAAAUGCUGGAGCUGUUCAAACAAACUUUGGCCAACAAGAACCAUCCUUCCACGCUGGGCAGGAUGACCAUUAUUCCAGUCAUGGACAAUACGCUACUGAGCCAUGGCAACCACAGUAUACAUCCAAACAGGGCAUUGACAGCAGCUAUCCUGUCUCUGAUGAAGGGAUACAACAGUACAGUACAUAUGGCCUCAGUCAUUACUCUAACCCUUUACCAUCUGACAAUCCUUAUCAGUACUGAGUCCUGUUCUUUUGAAUACCCAUCUCUUGUCCCCCUACCUGUCAUCCAUCAUCACCUAGCUCUAAAUCCAGGCUGUUUCCAGUUGUAUGAGGAGUACUCCAGAUCUUUAAAGGUACUUCUUAUCUUCAGACUUAUUUGACAGCCGACCACUCAUGUUUCUGCACAAUGUAUCUGCCGCACACCAAGGUCAUACAUUCUCCUUAUUUAUCACAUUUCUUUACCCCAUACGUGUGACACACAUGUGUCAUCUAGAUAACCCAUGACCACUCCCACUAAACCAAUGUUCCAUUUUAAUCCGUGGGUCUUUUGAGAGCAAAGUGUGCUAAAUCAUGUUGUCUCAAAAUAAAAAUAAAGACCUGGUUCAGGCCCUGGAUGUGCUGUAACGUGGUGAAUCAAUAUCUCGUAGGGUCUUUUGUGGUUUACAUGGAGAGUGGAAUUCAAAUGAUUCCCACAUGCACGGCAGUGCAGCAAAGACAAAGGAAACAUUGAUGUGUUAUUAUUCCCCUGUUUAGCUUUUCUGAUUAUUAGUAAUCAGAAAAGACUGAGAGUCUAAUCUAUCCAGGUCUCAGUCACCUGAGUUCAAUAAAAAAGAAACAGAGUGGAACAAUA